UCCUCCAGUGAAGUGAGAAGCUUUAUAGUCCUGUGAGUUGAAGACUGCAGGACUCAGAUCUGUCAGUCAACACAGCAGGAAGCACAAUCACCAUGACUGUCAUCACCAUCCUCAUCUGGACGCUGGUCUGCUGCUGUUUCACAGGAUGCAGCGGUCAGGUGACUGUGACUCAGCCUCCAGUCGUGACAUCUACUCCAGGAUCCACUGUCACUCUGACCUGUAAAACCAGCCAAGAUGUUUACAGAGACAGUGAUGGAGAUGAUUACACUUUCUGGUACCAACAUAAAUCUGGAGAACCUCCAAAGCUCCUAAUUAGAUAUGUGAGCAAACGUCAAUCAGGAACACCAGCACGGUUCAGUGGCAGUGGAAGCAGGUCUGACUUCACUUUGACCAUCAGUGGAGUUCAGACUGAAGAUGCAGCAGUUUACUACUGUCAGAGUGCACAUGUAAUAAACAGUGCUGCAGUGUUCACACAGUGUGUAUUUGCCUUCUUAGAUGUGUUUUGCAUGACUUUUAUGCAUCACUGCUCCUCAAAGUUUAAGUUCAUCUGUCACAGAGAGUCUGAACUGUUUCCAUUCACUCACACUGAGAACUACAUCAUGAUGGUGUUUCCAAUAACUCUGCUGAUCGUGUUGGGUUUUCUGAGUCAGGAGUCUUCUGCCAACAACUUUCUGACUCAGACUGACAAAUCCAAGGCUGUUAGUCUUGGAGGGACUGUGACCAUCAGCGCCACAGGGAGUUCAAAUAUUGGUGCUGAUCUCAGUUGGUACCUUCAGAAACCUGGACAGGCUCCAAAACUUCUUAUAUACAGAGCAUCAACUCUGGACUCGGGAACUCCGUCUCGAUUCAGUGGCCGUAGAUCUGGUUCUCAAUACACUUUAACAAUCAGUGGUGUUCAGGCUGAAGAUUUUGGAGAUUAUUACUGUCUGGGUGAUCAUGGUGGUGGAGUGUUCACACAGUGAUUCAGAGUCGUACAAAAACCUCCUUCAGUUUGACUGAAGUGAAAACGGCCUGCUGCAGGUGCAGAGGUCUGGUGAAGACACUGUGAGAAGGAUCAAUGGUCCA